CGGAGAUCUCCCCCUUGCGUCGUCAGUUCCUCUCGUCUCGCCCCUCGCGCGCGACUCUUCCCACCCCCAUUUUCGAGGAACGUCUCGCUUUUCGAGAUGAAAUCGCUUCUAUCGCGACUUCCGCGAUUUUUACGUAAUCGAGCGCGAACGAAUCUUCCCGGUUGUCUCACGACAAAUCCUCGACUUCAAUUUUCAUGUGAAAGAAAGCGACAACAAAGGAGGUCGCUCGCGCGCACUCGUCAAGUUGUCGCACGGGAAACUCCGCCGUCGAGACGUGUUAUCGUCGUGGUGGUCUCGUGAAAACUGGAAAGCGAAACAAUGAUUGUGCACCUUCUCCCGUUUGAGACACGCAACGCGUGUCCUCCCUACUCUAUCGCAGGCACUCUCUCCCUCUCCUCCCAGUCGUCAUCGUCCCGAUACUUCCCUUGCCGGUCGAUUAUCUCAGCCCGCAUUAAUUCCUUGCGCGUUGAAAGCGACCGCAAGAGCCCGUAACGAGUGAACGUAACCGCCCGACGAAACAUCCGAAUUCCGAUCGUGCGGCAUUUUAUUAUUAUUGUGCGCGAUAUUCUCAGGAUCCGCGCGCGGUCCGCGUAACCCCCUCGUCGCUCGUGAGGGCACAAAUCCGCAGUUUCCCCGGCGAGUUUCAAAUCGACAAGUACCUCGGUGCGGAAGCGAGACGAUGGAACUGUUAACCACGCCGGAGCCUCAUCUUAUCCCGGGAUAUGCCGGUUAUUGCCCGCAGUAUCGCUUCAGAUGCGGCGAAACGUUCGCGAAGACUACGCACAAAUUGCUGCUCGAUCCUACAGUUGACCAUGCGGAUAUGCUCAUCCUGUCGAGCCGCGCGGCCACCGAGAUAACGAGACCGCCGCAGCGUGAUGUAGACACGGUCAACGCACGCUCCAAGAGAACCCCCGUCCCCGUCUUCGUUCACUCGAUGAUACCGGGAUACGAGGGUUUCCUGCCGAGAUCAGGCAGCAGAUACGGUCAGAGAUUCGCGGUGAACGCGACCGAGCAGGUCGCCGAAUUCGAGCGCCAGCAAUUACGGCACAAGGAAGCUCGAGAUCGGCUGAGAAGAAGGAUCGAGUCGCGGGAUUCGCAGGAUCGCUCGCCGAUGGAAGGCUCAUUCAGAUCGCUCUUACUUACCGUGCGACCGGAAUGCGUGGGAGCGAUGACGAAUUCGUCGUCUGACGUGCAAAUGGCAAAAGGAUACGCGAAGUACGACAACGCGCGUUCGAGUACGCCGCCAUUCAAAAGUUUACUGCACGACUGCACGACGACUUAUCGAGAAGAAGUGACUAUGUCUGGCCCUGAUCCACCGAUACUUGUCCAGCCCAAUGAGAUCUACCAUAAACACGUCGGUCUGAUACCGAAUUAUCUCGGCCAUGUUCCUGGCGCCGUGUUCAGAUGCGGCAAGACCUUCGAGGUUGACACGAGAGACGCCAAGAGCUGGUUCCAACGAGACUCUGUCUAA